UAUCUAUAAGCACACACAAUUAUUUUUUAUUUUUGAAAAUUUAUCCUUCAACACUAGCAGUUUGUUAAUUAAAAAAGGACUUCAUGUUUCUUUAUGGUUAUCACUCUACAAGGAUUUCACAAAUGUGAAAGACAUUAUCCAGGAAUGUGUGUUUGGAAAUGUGAAGAUUUAAAAGAAAAUAAAGCAUAAAUUAUGUCUUCAGAAGUUGAAGAAUCUUGUGCAACAAAUUAUUUUGAAGAUUAUUCUUGUGAUUUUGUAAAAAGAAAAGAAGAUAUUGGGAGAAAAGAGAAGGAUUUACAAACAAAAGAAAUUAUUAUUGAUAUAGUUGAUGGAACUUGUCCAGAAUGUUGCGAUAAUGUGAAUAUAAAGAAUAUAAUUUCUGAAAAAAAGGGAUGGGCAAAUAAACUUUCCUUCAGUUGUCAGACCUGUAAAUGGUGUAAAUUUAUUUUUACUUCCAAAGAAGUUGAAGCUUUAGGAGAAUCUGGACAAAAAGGAUAUGAUGUCAACUUGAGGUCUACAAUGGCAUUUCGAGAAACUGGUCUAGGUCAUGAAGCCAUGACAAAAUUUUCAAUGGUUAUGAACUUGAGUGAACCAAUUAAUGAUAAUGCUUAUAAUAAAAUAAAUAAAAAACUAAUGGAUGCUUAUUCGAAAGUAGCUGCUGAUAGUAUGCUAAAUGCAGCAAGUUUAUUUGUAGACAGAAAUAAUUAGCCCACUAAUUGCACUGUAUCUGUUGAUGGUACUUGGCAAAAAUGUGGCCAUGAUUCACUUAACGGUGUUGUUACUACCAUUGCACGCGGGCUGGAAAUUGAUAAAUGUAUUGAUUUUUAUAUUAUGACUAAAAAAUGCAAAGCAUGUGAAAUAUGGGAGAAACAUCGUGGAACAGAAGCUUAUAACACUUGGUUUUCUGAUCACGAUUGUGAUAUAAAUCAUACCAAAUCUGCAGGUUCAAUAGAAUCUGAAGGUGCAAUUCAUAUGUUCAACCGUUCUGAGUCAAAAUAUAACUUAAGGUAUAACAAUUACAUUGGUGAUGGUGAUUCUAGUUCAUUUAAAAGGGUAGUUGAAUGAAAGCCAUAUGGAGAUGCAUUCAUAAUUAAUAAAUUAAAAUGCCUUCAUGGCCAAACGCAAAAUAUAAAUGAGUGUUUGAAUGGAAUUAUUUGGGCACGCUGUCCAAAAUCUACUUAUUGUAGCAGGAAAGUUCUUACAAUCGGUGUGUGUUCUGCUAUCAAAAGUUUCAAUGAUGGCAUUAAUGGUAUUGGAAAUGUUUUUGAUUGUUUAGAUAUUCCACGUGGAAGUUUUUUUGAACAAAAUGCUUUAAAAAGUGAUAAUCAUAGAGUUAUAAUUCAUCGUAAACAAUCAUCUAAUAUUUCAAAAAAACAAAGAAAAGUAAGAAGAAGCCUAAGAAAAGGGUAUAUAGACAAAAACAAAGAUAUUGAAGGGUGCCAAUCUUAUAAUUCAGGAUCCUAUUGAGUUAACUCUGUUUUGUUUUAUGUCAAUAAAUAUUAACUGAUUUUUAAAA